UCAUUGGUUAUUCAGGUUGACGUUGAAAGAUUAACCACUCCAAAGCCGGAACUUUUAAGCGUUAAACGUUUUUAGACGGUUCCGUUGUGUAAAGGGACCUUAUGUUCCCCAGCUGAUCCUUCUCGAUAACGGCGGAUCAUGAGCAAAGAUUCCCAGAUGAGGGCUGCAAUAAACCAGAAGCUGAUAGAGAUGGGGGAACGGGAGCGGUUGAAAGAGUUGCUCAGAGCGAAGCUGGUGGAGUGUGGGUGGAAGGAUCAGCUGAAAGCACACUGCAAAGAUGUGAUCAGAGAAAAGGGCCUGGAGCAUGUCACAGUGGAGGACCUGGUCACAGAGGUCACACCAAAAGGCAGAGCACUCGUACCAGACAGUGUGAAGAAAGAACUCCUCCAGAGAAUCAGAGCUUUUUUAGCUCAACAUGCAACCUUGUGAAUGACACAAUUCCCUUUUUUGUUUGUUUGUUUGUUUUUACUCACUGUUGAUCCACGAGUGAAAUCCAAACUGUUGUUUAUUGUGUUCAUUUUAGUGCUAAUUUUAUUUUGUAUUGUGUGUUUUCAUAUUGAUUUUUAGUUUAUGCUGCAGUUUUGGAGAAGAAAAAUAAAGUCAUGCCUAUUUUGGUCA